UCGCGAUACAGUGAUAAAGCGGCGAAGGGAAAGGGAAAAUGGUGGCACACUGCAAUUCGUCAGAAAGAUCCGCGCCCGCGUUUCGCCUUGACCAAUGACCGACGAUCACAUCGACGGCGGCAACGAAUCAACCGACGGCAAAACAAUGCGCAUGCACUCGGAGGCGGGGCGUUCGAUCGUCUUCGACGAAUCGAGUGGUCUCCAUACGUGCUUCGUGACCGCGAUGCUGCAACACGUGACGUGACACGACGCGUUAUUGCACCUGAUGAGGCGAGUGUCCAAUGGACAAGACAAACUGUUAGUUCGAACGUCGCAGGGAGCUCGUUACGGAAGAUCGAGACACUCUCGCGAGAAAGCCCAAUUCUUUGCGGAAGUGUAACGACUUUGAUUAAUUCGUUCUUAAUAUUGUUUCAAUCAAGACGCAAUGAGUGAUUCAUGAAUGUCGCUGCGCGGAAGAUAUAAGCAAAAUAUCCAGUUUCAGAUCGCAUUGGUGAGAUUCUUCAAUCUUCAAUUAUGUAUACGAAAUACAUAUGAAUAGUGAAAAAAGUUUGAUCGUCGUACAAAUCGUGCAAGCCCGAGAAAGUUUGUAUCAAAGUGAAAUUUGUCAAUGAUGUAUAAAAUGUCAAAUUUAAAUUCUUCUAUUUCAACAUUGUUUAACAUCUUUAUAUGUCUUAAUAAUUUCGCAAGUAAAAUACACGUAUAAGUAGUGAAAUAUAUUAUAAAAUAGAAAGACAAGUAGAUGUUGCCGAGAAGAGAAUCCUUCGCCGUGAUCGAGCAUGCUUCACUGAUCGGAAUCUUUCGAUUUCACGAAAGAUGUAACUGUUGUCGGCAACUGCGGCACAAAUUAUGCCUGAAGCUAUUAAGAGCACACCGUUCAAGAAUCGGAGAGAUGUGUGAAAUCCAUCUUGACUUCGUACGCUGAAAGAGAUACUUUUCGAGAAAUGAGUUCGCAUUCUCAUGCGAGGACGUUGUGCACUGGAAACGCAGUCUCUGGUGCAUUCUCGGCAUUGCAUCUUCUGCGGAGUUACAGCCUUUUCGCUCCGAACUCAGAUCUAUGCAGGUACGAGGCAUACCCGUCUAGAGACUACAACUUCGUCGAGCCAGAUAUUUUAUCGAGUUCCGUACCGGCGGAUUCCCCAUCCUCGCCGUUAACACCCUCGUCGGUAUCGGCGACGUUCUCGCUCCCGGGAACUCUGCUUCAGCCGCCCUUUCUAGCAGCGAUGCCACCCCUGAUGCAAUCCCUGAGUAUGCCGCAAUCCUUCUCUACUUCCUCCACAGGUGCUAUGAACCGUCACUUCGUCACUACAAAUGGCAUAACCGCUCUCCACAGAAGACCCAGAAGCGAGAAGAAACCGAUUCCGGACGAACAGAAGGACGAGAAAUAUUACGAGAGACGUAAACGGAACAACCAGGCGGCAAAGAAAUCGCGAGAUGCCCGCAAAAUCAGGGAGGACCACAUCGCGUUAAGGGCAACAAUGCUGGAGCAUGAGAACGCGAUCUUAAAGGCACAGAUAGUGACCCUUCGGGAGGAGGCACAAUCGUUGCGUCAUAUGUUGAUCAAGCAACACACCCCAGCGAUACAAUCGAUUGAACGAUCGCUCUCGUCGAUAACACCCGUGACGCUCUCUCCUCCGCACACCACCGCGAAUCUAGAUUGAAUUAAUUCCUGGAGGUUCCUCCGUAAAAAGCGUGUAUGAGUUAAGCGUUCAAAAACGAGAAACUUUAAUCCACGCAAUUUUAUACAGAUACGUUUACAUAUAAUAAAAAUACAAUUUCGUAAAGUACGACAAUUCGGAAAAUACCUCGAAUUGUCCAGUACUUAUAGAGAUGUGCGAAUCAAAUAUUUGUGAGAUCACACCGAAUCGAAUUGAAUCUUUGAUAACAUAUAUUCGAAAUUGAAUUGAAUCAAAUCUGAACAUUUUUCACGACUUAUCGAAUCAAAUGAAUAAAAUUUUUCCGAAAUUACAUUAUAUGUUUAUUUAUAACAUAAUAAAAUAUCGUUCAGUUCUUUUUUG